CAAGAGCAGGCAGAGUGCCAGACAGGUCUGGGCCCAUCCCUCCAGCCACAUCAGGGAGGCGUGGUUCAGGGACCUGAACUUCCUCUUAGCAUUUCAUACGCGUUCAGUUCCAACUCUGCGUCGAUCCCUCUCUUGAGCAGAGGGAUGAGCCGCUGUACAGAGAAUCUGAAGGGCUUCCUAGCCCAGGUGGAGGCCAAGGCAGGACAGGAGAAGGGGCAGCUGGUGGAGGAAUUCCAGGAGAUCAAGGCCAGGGCUGCAGCAUUCCGGCAACAGCAGGGCAUUUCAACAGCGGCUGGGGGCAACAAGGAGAACAUCAAGAAGAACCGUUACAAAGACAUCCUGCCGUAUGAUCAGACCAGAGUUGUGUUGAAUGCAUUGACAGAAGAAGGGCAAGCAGAUUAUAUCAAUGCCAACUUCAUCCAGGGUGUGGACAACAAGAGAUGCUACAUUGCCACACAAGGGCCUCUUGCGCACACGGUGCUUGAUUUCUGGCAUAUGGUUUGGCAGUACAGGGUGAAGGUGAUCGUCAUGGCAUGCCGGGAAGUGGAAAUGGGCAAGAAAAAAUGUGAGCGGUACUGGCCUUUGGCAGAGGAGACCUUGCAAUUUGGACCCUUCUCCAUAGCACAGGCUAAGGAGCAGGAACUCAAUCCAGAUGUCAUUUUGCGGAAGCUGACUCUGACAUUUCAAAAGGAGGAACGGGUUGUCUCCCAUUUCCAGUAUAUUGCCUGGCCAGACCGGGGCAUCCCAGACACUUACGGCUACUUCCUUGCCAUGAUCGAGCAAGUGAGGCAUAAACAGGGUGAAGACACUGUGCCUGUCUGCAUACACUGCAGUGCAGGCUGUGGACGGACAGGUGUGAUCUGUACACUAGACUACAUCCGGCAGCUGCUUCUCAAACAGGUAGGAAGAGAGAGCUGCUUCCAUCUGCUCUUUAAGAGGAAAGGAAGAGAACUGACUCAGCACAGGAAGUACCUGAGGAGUCAAGGCAGGGGUCAUAGAGGCAAGAAGGGACAGAGAAUCCCUCCACAUUUCAGCAUUUUUGAUGUUGUCCUAGAAAUGAGGAAACAGAGACCGGCAGCUGUGCAGACCCAGGAGCAGUACGAGUUUGUAUAUCACGCGGUCAUUGAAAUGUUCCGAGCUUGCUUGGGCUUUUGCAACCCAAAUUAUGAAAACCUCAAAGAGAACCGUCUUCCUUUAUAUGACGACGCGCUCUCCCUCCGUCACCCUGCUGUGCCCCAGCUCAAACGAAGCACCAUCCUCCGAAGUAUCUCGGUGCCAGCUGACCCCACCCCUGCAGCACUUCCAGAGUUGCCACCAAAGCUCCUUAGAGACAUGGGCGAUACCUACGCUGUGGUGAACAAAGCCCGGCGAGGUGGAGCAGGAGCUUCUUCUGCCAAUGGGACCAAGCCUGAUGGAGAGGCGCCUCUUUAUGCUGCCGUGAAGCCUCGGGCCAGUAAUGUGCCUGACAUCUCAGCCAUCGACCCCAACGCCUUUGCUGGACUGCAAGCCAGCCAUUCACUGCCUGGGAGCCCGGUCCGACGGCCACCUCCAGGCUUAGCCUGUGAAUACACCCAAAUUGCCCCGUCUGUUCCAGCUGAUGUCAGUUCCAGAGGUACCACCUCACCAUCUCAUACCAACGGUCUUGGGAAAACCCUUCUGAGGAACCUGAUGUCUCCAGUUUUUACGUCAUCACCUGGGAAGAAAGCUCCGCCAUCAUCACGGACUGUCCCUACCCAGGCAUACGAGGAUGUAGGGGAUGCCAUUCCCAGGGGAGGCCCAAAUGCUGCAGGGGCCUCUACCAAUGCAAUGGGGUUUAACGUCCGCAUUGGGAAGCCCAAGGGACCAAGAGAUCCUCCUGCUGAAUGGAGCAGAGUGUAAGAAGCACUUCAGAGUGAAAGGGAACAGAUAUGGACACUGCUUCCACUUUGAAACAAUACAGACUGGACCAAACUGCUGCAUGCUCAACCCGUCUUAGGAAGUGGAUGUGCAACAUGCAAAUCACCCAUGGAAGCACAAACCAAAAUAGAUGGCUGCAAUCACUACAUCCUGGGACUCUAGUUGGCCAGAUCAGAUGGACUUGGAGAUGUUGCAGAACUUGGAAUCCUCCAGCUAUGGCACCUUACACUCUCUUCCCAUUCUGGGAUGUAGGACUAUUCCAUUCCUUUUCACCAGAUCUUGAAUGGGGUCCAGCAGUGGAGCUCCAAGAAUGAGACUGGCAUGAACAUUUUAGCCCACAAAAUUUUUAAGCCCAGUGCUAGGUGUAUACAGGGCCAAAAACCUCCAACUCUGUGUUAAAUAAAUUUAUGCUACUUUG